AUGGAUGCACCCACCAAACCAACCAUUCCAUGGAAUCUCCGUGUAACGACAUCUCUUCUUUCUCUCCUUCUCAAAGCCUCCAGCCGCUCUAACGGCACAGUCAACCGUCGUCUCUUCAACCUCUUUGACUCCCAGCUCCCUCCUAAUCCCAACCCUAUCGACGGCGUCACCACCUCCGACGUCACUGUCGAUGCCACACGCAACCUUUGGUUUCGCCUCUUCUCUCCCACUACUUCCACCUCUGCCGCCACCCUUCCUGUCGUCGUCUUCUUCCAUGGCGGCGGCUUCACAUUCCUCUCCCCGGCCAUGACCAAGUACGACGCUUUCUGCCGCUCCCUGUUUCGCUCCAUCAACGCCGUCAUCAAACCUGCAGGGAAUCAGAGGGUGCAAGUUUCUCUCCUUCCUCCGCCACCACGGCUACUUCUGCCGCCACCGCCAAAUGAAGAGGGUUCAGGCGUGGAGAGGUCUUCGAGUCCAACCUCCGUCUUGGUCGAGUAA